GCAGGGGGAACCCUCAGCAAAUAGGCCAUUGUACGCUUUUGAGCUGCUUCCUCGGGAACAGUGAGCGGUCAUCCCAUGAAAAACGAUAUGACAAGUAUUGAAAGAAAGCCAAGCAUCAAUCUCCCACCUGUUCUCAUCAUGCACGAGCCCCCAUCAAGUGCUGCCCUGAAUAUGUAUUCAGGGGAACCUUUUUUUUUGAUGACAUGUUUUUUAAAAAAAAAAUGUAUUAAAAAAUAUGUAAAUCCCAGCAGCGACCGGGGCGCCGGCUGUGAAAAAGAGGAACCCCCAAGCGCUGUGGCUGUGCCCUGGGGCUCCGCCUUUCGUAACCUCAGUGCGUUUAAUUAAAUCUGCACAUGACAGGUUUUCGUGACAAGCGGCCAGCUGGGUCCCCGGGGGUUGGGGACCGGGUCGAGUGUGCUGGGGGACCGGCGGUGGGGUCCCGCGGCCUCCGUUCCUUCUCCACACGGACAGCCACGUCUGCACCAGGGGGAGGGUCCCCGCCGCUCGGCUCUGAAACUCCACGGGGCCGGCUCGCCCAGGACGGUCGGUCACCUCCCCGCCCGCGCCCGCCAGAAUGGACAUGAACGUGAGCGGCCCGGACAACGCCACGAUCCUCAUGCUGCGGGACCCGACCAUCGCCGUGGUCCUGCCCGUGGUCUACUCGCUGGUGGCGCUGGUCAGCAUCCCCGGAAACCUGUUCUCGCUCUGGGUGCUGUGCUGCCACAUCGGGCCCACGUCCCCGUCCGUCAUCUUCAUGAUCAACCUGAGCGUCACGGACCUGAUGCUGGCCAGCGUGCUGCCCUUCCAGAUUUACUAUCACUGCAACGGCAACCACUGGGUGUUCGGUGAGCUGCUGUGCAACGCCGUCACCGUGGCCUUCUACGCCAACAUGUACUCGUCCAUCCUGACCAUGACGUGCAUCAGCGUGGAGCGCUUCCUGGGCGUGGUGUACCCGCUGGCGUCCGCGCGCUGGCGCCGGCGCCGCUACGCCGUGGCCGCGUGCGCCGGGCUGUGGCUGCUGCUGCUGGCCGCCCUGUCCCCGCUGGCGCGCACCGACCUCACCUACACCGUCGAGGCGCUGGGCAUCGUCACCUGCUUCGACGUGCUCAAGUCCACCAUGCUGCCCAGCGUGGCCAUGUGGGCCAUGUUCCUCUUCACGCUGUUCAUCGUGCUGUUCCUCAUCCCCUUCCUGGUCACCGUGGCCUGCUACACGGCCACCAUCCUCACGCUGCUGCGCACCAGCGAGCCGCACAGCCGGGGGCAGCGGCGCCGCGCCGUGGCGCUGGCCGCCGUGGUGCUGCUGGCCUUCGUCACCUGCUUCGCGCCCAACAACUUCGUGCUGCUGGUGCACGUGGUCAACCGCCUGUUCCUGGGCAGGACCUACUACCACGUGUACAAGCUGACCCUGUGCCUCAGCUGCCUCAACAACUGCCUAGACCCCUUCGUGUACUACUUCGCGUCCCGCGAGUUCCAGCUGCGCCUGCGGCUCUACUUGGGCUACGGGCGCCUCCCCGCCGGCUGCCGCCACGCGCGCUCGGACAGCGUGUUCUCCGCCCGGACGCUGUCGGCGCGCUCCAUGUCCAGCGGCCACGAGGGGCUGGAGGAGGCAGGGAGGCCCUCGCUCAGGAGGCAGGAGAGCGUGUUCUGAGCCGGGCACCCCGCCCCCCCCCCCCGGGGACGGCUGGUGGGACGGCUCGCACGGGCCUUCACGCAUGGGAACCGCUGCGCGUCCGCGACCAUGGCGCAUGGACAGGGUUCCCAGGAGCGCACGUCCUAAAACGGGCCACCGGGAUACAACGGCUGGGGGACGGCGCGCACCGGCCUUCCCCCGGCGAACCGCUGCGCGUCCGCGGCCAUGGCGCAUGGAGAGGGUCCCCAGGAGCACACUUCCUAAAACGGGGCACCGGGACAGAACGGCUGGGGGACGGCGCGCACCGGCCUUCCCCCGUGCGAACCGCUGCGCCUCCGCCGCCGUGGCGCAUGGAGAGGGUCCCCAGGAGCGCACGUCCUAAAACGGGGCACCGGCAUGGAACACCCCACGGCUUAAUGACACAGGACUCAGCGUGCAGGACGCACUGGGCUCCGCUCCUCAGGACGGGGACCCAAGCUGACCACGAGCUCAGCCAGCCCACCUGAGUCCCUCUGGAGCCCCAACAUCCACCUGCCGUGUUCUCUGUGCCUUGUGCUGGGGUCGCCCAUGGCACCUGCUAUUCCCCAGCCUGGCACAGCCUGGUGCUUUUUGUCCAGCCCACCCUGGGUCACCGUGCGUUCUGGGAUUCACCCAGACCACCAGGCACAGGCCCCUUUGGGCUCGGUGCCCCGGGAGCUCACAGGACCCCCCCCCCCAUUUGAUCUGCUGCCCCCAGGAGCCACCACGACAGCUUACAAGUGAUUUGGUCACUCUGUUUCCUCGAGGCUCACAUCCUACAAGUCGCAAUGUCCAGACGGGAAGGACAUCCAUCCAGGAGGUGUGGCUCAGCCCCCCCACCCCCCCCCCACACAAGGCUUGAGGGUCUCCAGCUCCAUGAGAAGCUGUGGAGGCCGAGUUUUGGGAAGGACGAUGUGGGUCCGCAGCUACCGUGGGGCUCCCUGACGGGUUCCGGGGUGCAGCUUCCCCCCAGGUGCCCUCCUGCCGGUCCUCUGCCUCCUGGUGCCAGCCUAGAGCCCCUGAGCCACGUGCAAGCCCUCCCAGGCUGUGAGGUGGCCUCGUGCACCUGACCUGAGCCCUGGCGCCCUGUGGUGCCCGGGCUCCGGACAAGACCACCGAGCACACAAGCCUGCAGCAGGAUCACACCCAAGCCCCCUCUGUGCCUGUCCCUUCCUGAGCCCAGGACGCAGCAGUACCAGCC